UUGCGCUGGUGCAUACGAGAACGACACGUCGUCACUUCACCAUUAUAUUUGUACGUUUUAAUACGGGGAAACAGCUCGAUAUAUCGCAUCAUUAUCAGAAAGCCCGCCUAUUCAUCGUUUGUGAAUCGUUAUCGUCAUCUAUGAACGUUAAAUGUUUCGUUAAAAUAGGAUAAGCCAAAAAUUAUCAAUAUCUUUUUUAAUUUAUCUAAAUCUCAUUGUUCGGCAUUCAAGAUCGUGGAAAAGAGACAUCAAAAGCAAAGUUUCAAUCUUUUUUGAUAGGAAAAGGACGACCAUUUAUUUGCAUCGAUCGAUUUAAGAUCGUCAGUACGUGUACGACUAACAUAAGACAGAAUAUAUUGUGAAUCGUCAAUAUGUUUAGUUGGCUCAGUCGAGAUGAAAAUGGCAAACAAGAUCUCUUUGAGAAUGUUACCGAAGGUCUUAAAAAAAUCUACAAAGCUAAAUUGUUACCCUUGGAACAACAUUAUCAGUUUCACGACUUUCAUUCGCCUCAAUUGGAUGAUCCAGAUUUCGAUGCAAAACCUAUGAUCCUUUUAGUAGGACAAUAUUCCACUGGAAAAACUACGUUUAUUAAGUAUUUGUUAGAACGUGACUUUCCUGGAAUAAGAAUUGGUCCUGAACCUACAACAGAUCGCUUCAUUGCUGUUAUGUAUGAUGAAAAGGAAGGUGUUAUUCCUGGAAAUGCUUUAGUUGUUGAUCCACAUAAACAAUUUCGACCACUUUCCAAAUUCGGUAAUGCAUUCCUUAAUAGAUUUCAAUGUUCUACUGUUGCAUCUCCGGUUCUCAAAGGAAUAUCUAUAGUUGAUACACCUGGAAUCCUUUCAGGGGAGAAACAACGAGUAGACAGAGGUUAUGAUUUCACUGGUGUCUUAGAGUGGUUUGCAGAAAGAGUAGACAGAAUUAUAUUAUUAUUUGAUGCACAUAAACUCGAUAUCUCUGAUGAAUUUAGAAGAUCUAUAGAAGCGCUAAGAGGGCAUGAUGAUAAAAUUAGAAUAGUUCUUAAUAAAGCAGAUAUGAUAGAUCAUCAACAAUUAAUGAGAGUAUAUGGCGCACUUAUGUGGUCUUUAGGAAAAGUAUUGCAAACUCCGGAAGUUGCUAGAGUUUAUAUUGGUUCAUUUUGGGAUCAACCGCUAAGAUACGAUGUUAAUAGACGAUUAUUUGAAGAUGAAGAACAAGAUUUAUUUAGAGAUAUGCAAUCAUUACCAAGAAAUGCAGCAUUAAGAAAACUUAAUGAUUUAAUAAAACGAGCUCGUUUAGCAAAGGUGCAUGCAUACAUAAUCAGUGCAUUGAGAAAGGAUAUGCCAAGUAUGUUUGGUAAAGAUUCAAAAAAAAAGGAACUUAUCAAAAAUUUAGGUCAAAUUUAUGAUCAAAUCCAAAGAGAACAACAUAUUUCCCCUGGAGAUUUCCCAGAUCUUCGAAAAAUGCAGGAAUGUUUAAUGCAUCAUGACUUUAGUAAAUUUAACCCAAUAAAAAUUAAAUUAUUGGAAGUAGUAGAUAAAAUGCUUGCAGAAGACAUUGCAAAAUUAAUGGCUAUGAUACCACAUGAAGAAGUAACUGCUAUGUCAGAACCAUUAAUUAAAGGUGGUGCAUUUGAAGGUGUUGAAGAUCAAAUUAGUCCAUUUGGAUACAAAAGAGGUGAAGGUAUCGAUGCUGGUGCAGGUGAACCUGAAUGGAUUGUUAAUAAAGAUAGAUAUAAAUAUGAUGGUAUUUUUGAAACACUUGGUCCAACUGAUGGAAAGAUUACAGGAGCAGCUGCAAAAUCUGAAAUGAUAAAAUCCAAAUUGCCAAACAGUAUGUUAGGAAAAAUCUGGAAAUUAUCUGAUAUUGAUAAAGAUGGGCUUUUAGACUCAGAUGAAUUUGCAUUGGCUAUGCAUUUAAUUAAUGUUAAACUUGAAGGUUAUGAUCUUCCAGCAGAACUUCCUGAUCAUUUAAUACCACCUUCGAAACGAGAUAUUUAAAUUAUGAUCAAACUAUACACAGCACUUUACUGAUUAUUGUGCUUGCUUCUCAAUGAUUAUAAAGAAUAUUUAUAUAAUUGUAAAAAAAAGAUGUGCGACAUAGAGCUUAAUUGUAAAUGGUAAAUAUUUGGCAUAAUACCUAAUAAUUGAGAUUUUCAGUAUGGACUGAAGGUAAAUAGAAAUAAUAAAUUAUUUUUAUAAAAAUAUAAAUAUAAAAAGAAUAUUGUUUAAAUGAUUUCUCAGAUUAAGAAAAUCUCAUAACAUAAUUAUAAUGAAAGUAAAAUGUAUAUAUAUUAUAUAAAGAAACUGACAAGCCAUGUUCAAUUAUAUAUAAUUUUUAUAAAUGAUAGUGCAAUCCAUAAAUUUUGAUACAUCAUUAAUAAUAUAACAAUAUUGCGACAUUAUUUAAAAGCACAUAAAUUUAUAAACGCUCUAUUAAUAGUCUUAUAAUCAUAUAGGUAUAUUGAGAUGCAUAAUAAUUUAAAGUGUUAUAAAUGGCAAAUGAUUUAGAAAUAUCAGUAGCAGCAUUAUCACAUUAUGUGAAAUAUGCUACCUUAUUUGUAUAUUUUUAUGUAUUGUUAUAUUAUAUGUAAAAUUAUAUUUAUUAUACAUAAACACGCACAUGUGCUUAUAAAAACAACACAAAAUAAAAUUUUUACACUAUUGUUAUUAAUAUUUUGAAAAUUUUUAUAUUACUGUAUUAGCAGCACAGAAUAUUUUUAAAAUUUUUUGUCAAUUAUGCUAUAAUUUCUUGAAGACAUUCAUGUAAUAAGAAUAUGCGUACAUUCUCAAAAUUUUUUAUUUAUAAAAAAAAUAAGAUAUCCUUUUCUUUAACCAAACGAUAGAAAAUAUUUUAAAAAAUUUAGGAAUUUGUAGAAAUCUAUUAAAAAUUCAUUAGUAAUACGUAUAAUACUAUUCAAGUUUUAAAUACUUUUAAAUUUAUAUAUUUUAAAAACAUGAUAUAUUUUAAAAAUAUUUUGUGCAAGUAUAAAAAAGAUAGUAAUCAAAAAAAAAUGAAAUAUAAUAUACAGUACAGUCUUGUUUAUCCAUGCAUCCAUGUAAAAAGCAAUUUUGCGUACUUUUAACUUCAUUUUAUUUAAAAAACUUUCUCUGAUAAUAUUUAAUUUAAUUAAUUUAUUGUAUUACAAAUAAAUUUAAUUAAUUUAUUGUAUUACAAAUAAAGUUAAUUCGUAAGAGCAAGAAUACACAUAAUAUUUCUUUAAUAUUUGUUAUAUACAAAUAGAUAUAUUACAUUUAUCUGGAUAAUCAAGAGCAUACUGUAAUAAAAAAAAAAAGCAAGCUGACCAAACAACAUAUUGGUAUUAAAUAACACAUAUGAAGAUUUUAAGCAGUAUAUACAUAUAUAGAAAAAUAUAAAAAUUCUUUAACUUUUUCCUCUUAUGAGUUACUAUUUAUAGAUAUAUUUAAUGUGGUAUAUCAAUACUACGUAGCUAAUCGUAAAUAUAAUCACUGCUUGUAGCAAAUAAUAGCAGUUUCUCUAUAGAUUUCCUUUAUAAAACUAUAUAACUUGCUAUUGCCAUUCACUUAUUAUUUAUGUAUUUAUGCAUUUAUCUGUAUUUACUCAUAUUUUGCACUACACAUAUUUUGAAUGUUAAAACACUUUGACUUAAUGUUUCCAUAAAAUUUGAAUAUACAUUGGUCAAACAAUUGUUCAACUUUUUACUUUAUUUAUAUCUGGUUAAAUUACAAGUUUUGGAAAAAGAUAUAAUAGAUAUAAAAGACUAUAAUAUACAUAAAAAGGUUUUAUAAAAUUAUAUUACCAGAUUACCUUAAUGCAUUUUAUCCAUUAUCAUUUAUUGAUAUGUAUAGUUAACAUGAAUUUAUGUUUUACCGCACCAACCAAAGAUAUGACAUUAAGACUGUAAAAAUCAGUAAAAAAAUGUGGCUUAUUCAUGGAAUAGUUAUCUAUAUUAUUUCUUAUUUUAAUUGAGUUAUUUAAAAUGAAUACAUUAAAUUAAAGAAAAAAAUAUUUUUCUGCUAUUUAAUAUUCAAAGCUUAUAUAUAUUAAGCUAUCAUAUAUACAUAAAAGAUAAUAAAAAAAAUAAUAAUUAAAAUAAUAAAUAUAAAUAAUAUAUUAUAAACAUAUAUACACACACACAGGUUGGUGUUCUUAUAUUUACACUGCCUACGCGUUUUAUAAUUUUGUGAUAUAUAAGUAUAACAUAAUAGUUGAAUAGAUUUAUUACAAUGGACACAUAAAUAUACAAUUUCUAAUCAGAAUAUUAAAAAUAGAAUUAAAUACUUUUAAAACACAUUCCAUAUAUAAAAUUUGUUCAAAUUUCAUUGUUCAGAUAAAUCUUAAGUUUGACACAUUAGAGUUUUAAAAUAUCUCUAUUAUUAUAGUUGAUUUUUUGCUUACAUAAGUUAAAAGAACAAAUUUACACGAUUUAAGAAAAUAUAUGGAUUUAAAAAAAAAAUUGUUAUACUCGACCUCCGAAAGUGUCUUAUUUUUCAUUUGAAUAUUCACUUUUGUAAAUAUUAUUAAUAUGUUUAUUCUUAUAUAAAUCUGAUACAUGUAUUUAAAAUGUGCAAUGAAAAGCACUGUACAAAAUAUAAGUAAAGUCACUAUAUAAAAGUAUGUGAAUUAUCUAAAUAAAAUUAUAUAAAAGAUAUGUAUAUGUUAUCCUGCAUAUAUGCUAUAUACAUGUAUUCAUACAGACAAAA